UAGCAAGCACAGGAGCGGAGUGUCCGUAAUGGAUAGCCCAGACACAAUAAUAAAAGAGUCUGCUUCAAUGGAAGAACAUGAGAGUCCAUACAUGAGCAAGACCUGCUCCAUGUCUGAGGAGCUCCUCUUGGAAGACCAGCUGAGGAGAAAGCUUAAAUUCUUUUUCAUGAACCCCUGUGAGAAAUUUCGUGCCCGGGGACGCAAGCCAUGGAAGCUGUGUAUUCAGAUAUUAAAAAUAGCACUGGUGACAAUUCAGCUGGUGCUGUUCGGACUCAGCAAUCAGAUGGUCGUCACCUUCAAGGAAGAGAACACAAUAGCAUUCAAGCACUUGUUUCUGAAAGAUUACAAGGAUAACAAGGAUCCCAGAGACGACACCUAUGCAGUCUAUCGACAGGAAGAUGUUUAUAAUCAUAUCACUUUCACUAUUACAAGAUACCUGGAGCUCAGAAAUAUCUCUGUUGGCAAUCAUGCCUAUGAUAGAGAGGAAGGAGGAAGGCACGGAAUGACUGUCUGCCAGUAUUUUUAUAAGCGGGGCAGCAUCUUUCCUGGAAAUGAAACCUUUGAUAUUGACCCUAACAUUGAGAAAGAAUGCUUUUUUGUGGAACCAAUGACCCCGAUAAAUGAUCCCACUCUUGACGAGCAGUUCUGGAACCUGACACUGGACUUUUAUCGACUUGUGACCGUGGAGAUCAUGUUUAAACUAAAAGCUAUCAACCUGCAGACCAUCCGUCACCAUGAGCUGCCAGACUGCUACGACUUUACAGUGACAAUAACAUUUGAUAAUAAAGCUCACAGUGGACGGAUUAAAAUCACUUUAGAUAAUGAUAUUGACAUCCAGGAAUGCAGAGAGUGGCACGUGUCUGGGUCCAUACAGAAGAAUACACAUUACAUGAUGAUAUUUGAUGCAGUUAUCAUCAUCACCUGUAUUUCCUCCCUAACCCUCUGCAUACGUUCGGUGGUUAAUGGAAUUCACCUUCAAAGAGAAUAUGUCAUGUAUGUCCAACAACGGUUCUCAAAGGCUGUCUCCUGGUCAGACCAAAUGGAGCUUGUCAAUGGCUGGUACAUCCUGAUUAUUGUGAGUGACAUAUUAUCCAUCGUAGGUUCCGUUCUGAAGAUGGAGAUUCAGGCAAAGAGCCUAUCCAGUUAUGAUGUGUGCAGCAUUCUCCUGGGGACAUCUACCAUGCUAGUAUGGCUGGGAGUCAUCCGUUAUUUAGGAUUCUUUGAGAAAUACAAUAUCCUGAUUCUUACACUGAGAGCUGCCCUUCCAAACGUGAUGCGCUUUUGCUGUUGUGCAGCCAUGAUCUACCUAGGCUACUGUUUCUGUGGCUGGAUCGUACUAGGACCCUAUCACACCAAGUUCCGGUCUCUCAACACGGUGUCCGAGUGUCUGUUCUCACUUAUAAAUGGGGAUGAUAUGUUCACUACAUUUUCCAUCAUGCAACGGAAGAGCUACUUGGUGUGGCUGUUCAGCCGUGUCUACCUCUACUCCUUCAUCAGUCUGUUCAUCUAUAUGGUUCUCAGCCUGUUCAUCGCUCUGAUUACUGACACUUAUGAUACAAUUAAGAAUUUUCAGAAAGACGGUUUCCCAGAGUCAGAACUUCACAACUUUAUAUCAGAAUGUAACGACUUACCGACAUCGGGCCGGUACAGGGAAGAUGAGGACAUGACUAUUUCUCUGAUGUGCUGCUGCGAACGGUAAAAAGAAGCUC